AUGCUGGUGAACACUCUGAUCGUACUGUUGAGCUUUCAGAGCGUCUGGUCCAGAAAGUCGGAGCCUUUUCUCGGUGAGGCGUCUGCCGGCUUCUUCAGGGGUUCGGACAAAUAUGUGUUUGCCAUCGACGUCCCUGCUGCACGGACGGAGUGUUUCUGGCACUUUGCCCACCAGACUGGCAGCUUCUACCUGACAUACAUGGUUCAGUGGGUAACCGGGAUGACCAACACUAACCAGAUCUUUGUGACAGUCAGCUCACCUCAUGGAGCCCUCUUGGCUUCAAAGACUGAGGCGACUGGUCACAUCAACUUCCAGACUGAAGUCACAGGUUUUUAUAAAUUGUGUCUCGGGAACCCUUACAACCAGUUUGGAAACAGCAGAGUCUUUGUGAACUUCGGCGUCAUCUAUGAAGGUGUUGAGGUAUCCGAAACAGAAAUGGAAGAAGACAGAGAAGAAGAGAAAGUCCUCAACAGCACUUUGACCAGUAUUGAGGCGAGCGUACAGAAUCUGCAGAAUCAGGUUUUCCACAUGUGGAGGAACUACAAUGCUGCCCGUAUGAGGAAGGGGAAAGACCACCACCUCCUCACGUCCAACCUCAACUACGUCAACUGGUGGUCGGCGACCCAAAGCAUCGUCAUCGUCCUGUCUGGAUACCUGCAGCUCCGCGUCCUCAAAAGACUCUUCCGCACAGACUCCAGCAAGCCCAGAUGUUGA